AUGUUUAACAACGAUCAAGGUUGUGGUAGUGGUGACAUUCUUGAUCCUGGCUUGCUCAUCACCACGACCAACACCAGCAGCAAUAUCAAUACUUGCUUGUCACGGAAAUAUGCUAGGCUCUGGCGGCGAACCAUUACUGUUACCGUUUUGAUCUCUCUCAAUAAAACCAAUUCCCCUGAAGAAGAUUUAUUACACUCGCCGACAUCAUCUUCGCCUCUUAUUACUCACCAGACGAACUCAAAUUCUUUGGAGCAAGAAGACACAAACACCCACAACUCGGGUCAUGAGAAUGGCGUAGUAGACUUCGUCUUAAAAACCUACAACAGUUUUUCUCGAAGGUCUUUCAAGAAUCAAGAUGGUUCAGCUUCAACCUCAUCUUAUGCUCCUGUGCCAGCAUCACCUACAGCUGAUCAAGGAUUGGGGAGAAACUUGUCUACUCAAUCCAGGCAUGCCAUUGACAUUCCAUCUGAUUCUGAGGUGGAAGAAAAAAGUGAACAGCAGAAACGUUGUGACUAUGUUGUUCAAAUUGUAAAAGAAAGGAACCUCGACUCACUCAAGGCAUUCGGUGGUGUUCAAGAAGUCGCUUCUGCCUUUGGUUCACACUUGGAGAACGGAAAGGGUGAUGUUCAAGGACCCGAAGAAUGGUACGAUGACAACGCCAUUCCUGCGAAAGGUUUCCUCUACUUCUUCUCAAAGGCUAGCAUCAGUUUAACCAAUCUUCUCCUAUUAGUAUCAGCUGCCUUAUCGUUCGCCACUGGGAUCAUGAAGCAAGGGGCUAAGUAUGGGUGGCACGAUGGGGUUGCUAUACUUGCUGCAGUUUCCCUGCUAGUCACUGUACCAUCGGUGGGUAACUUUUGCCGAGCUAGAAAGCUGGAGAAGUUGUGUAAGGAGAAAAACAAAUUGAAAGUAGAAGUUGUAAGAAGUGGAAAGGGACAAUUCAUUACGGUAUCCAAUCUCGUAGCAGGUGAUAUUGUGCAUUUGAAGGAGGGAGAUCAAAUUCCGGCUGAUGGUUUGGUUGUGAGAAGUAAUGGGUUAGUACUGGAUGAUGUACUAAACCCUAAAAUUGAUGGUGACCAUAACCCUUUCCUCUUCUAUGGCUCAAGGGUAAAGCAGGGGAAUGGUGCCAUGCUUGUAACAUCUGUUGGUUACAAUCGGACAUUAGCUAAGCUGAUGAGAUUGGUGAUCUCCGAACCCGAUGAGAAGCCGUUGCUUGAAGCUAGGAUAGAAAAGCCAAGUACUUUCAUGGAAAAUCUUUCCCUUUUUGUCUCUCUACUUAUUGCUCUUGUGGCACUUAUACGCUUGUUGCACGAGAAGCAUGAUGGAGGAGAUGAUGGACUUCCUGAACUAAAGGGCAACGUUAGAUUGAGCAGGCUGAUAAAGAUGUUUGGGAAAUUUUUGUUGGUACCUCAAGGAAAGAUUCGCGUUCUCGCAAGUGCUCUUGCUGUGGCAGUUAUAGCAAUACAGCACGGCAUGCCUUUUGCGAUUACAAACUCCCUCUAUUAUUGGAAUGAGAAGCUGAAGAGAAGUCAGGCUAAACCUCAGAAUUUAUCUGCAUGUGCCACAAUUGGAUUGGGAAUGGUCACAGUUUUAUGCAUCGAUGCAACUGGUGGGCUGGUUUGUAAUGAUAUGGAGGUGAACAAAUUUUGGAUUGGUGAAAAUGAUUUGAGCGAUGAUGUGGACUUUGAGAUUGACCAAGCUGUUUUUCAAUCUCUAAAGCGAGGUAUCGGAGCAUCUGUUCUUGUGCCUGGGACGUCAGUUAGCCCAUCCAAUAACUCGUUUGUUUCUUGGGCAGAGUUAAGAUGGAAUUCCGAUGUGGAGUUUCUGGAUCGAAAUAUUUCCCUUCUUCAGUAUAAAGUUUUGAGCUCUGGCAAAAAAGGUUGUGGGAUGUUGUUGCAGAAUAAUGGUGAUGAAAAAAAUAGUCUGCAUAUGCACUGGAGCGGAGCUGCAUCAACCAUACUGGAUAUGUGCUCACACUACUAUGAUAGUAAGGGGAACAGUCAUGCAAUCAGUGUUGAGAAAAGUAAAUUUCAGAAAGUGAUUAAAGAUAUGGAAGAUGGUGGUCUUAGGCCUGUUGCAUUUGCUUGCAGGCAAACAGAUGUCGAAGAAAUAAGAGAUGAUGGGUUGCAUUUGUUGGCAUUAGCUGGUCUAAAAUAUUCAUGUCCGGAAGAGAUUAAGUUGGAAGUAAAAGCUCUUAGAAUGGCUGGUGUAAGGAUUGUAUUGUUGUCAGAGGAGGAACUUUCAGCAGUAAAAGCCAUAGGUUGUGAACUCGGAAUCCUUAGGCCUGAGGCAAAUGAUGUGGCACUUGACGGUGAACAGAUUAGAGAUCUGGAUCCCUCUCAAAGGGCUGAAAAAAUAAAUUAUCGAACAACUGUGAUAGGAAAUUGCCUUCCUGAGGACAAAUUUCUUGUGGUUCAGUCUAUGCAACAAAAAGGUCAAAUAGUUGCAUUCUUUGGAGGGUCAUCAAGCAAUGACACUCCAGCUUUAAAACAAGCCGAUGUAGGGAUCACUGAUGAUAGUAAGGGCACUACAUUAGCCACAGAGAGUGCUGAUAUUGUAAUCAAAGGUAUCAAUUCAUUACAUCCAGCUGUGAAGUUAGGUAGAUGUGCUUACCACAACAUUCAAAAGUUCACUCAACUUCAGAUGACUGUCAGCGUUUCUGGCUUACUGAUAACCUUUGUUACGACAAUGAGUAUAGGAGUAUCUCCAAUAUCAACACUUCAGUUGAUUUGGGUGACUUGUAUAGUGUGUCUUCUAGGUAGUCGAAUGAUGGUGAUGGAGUUACAGUCCGAGGAACUACUCAAAAAUCCACCAGGUCAGAGGACCGAGUCACUGCUUACCAAAGUAGCGUGGAAGAACAUAGUAAUUCAAGUUCUAUGCCAGGCUUUUGUUGUGCUGAUCUUUCAAUUUAUGGGGCAAGGUAUACCCAGCCUGAACCAAGAUACUCUGAAACCAAUGAUCUUCAAUACUUUCACUCUAUGCCAGGUCUUUGACCAGCUGAAUGCCAUGGGCCUAAUAAAGAAGAAAGUGCAUGCAGUUGUCGUAAGAAACUAUAAAUUUUUGGUGGCUUUUGGGACUGUACUUGUUCUGCAAGUGGUGGUGGUUGAAUUUAUGACAAGUCUAGCCGGCUGUGAGAAGUUGAAUGGUGUGGAAUGGGGUGUCUGUUUCAUUUUAGCUGCUAUAUCAUGGGGCCUUCAUUGUGCUGUAAACAACAUAUUACAUUCCCUUUUAAAUAGGCGCUACAGGUCAGGGUUUCCAAGUAGGCAGCAUUGGCACAACUUAUUGCGGUUGAUCAUUCCCAAUCCAAUGUUCGUCAUUUUGUCCAUAACGUAUCAUCAGAAUGUUAUCUAA